UGUUAGACACCGGAAGCGCUCUGCUGCAGCUGCUGCUGCUGUUGUUGUUGUUUGUUGAUGUGGCCCAUCGCAGAUGCGAAUCAUGGAGUGAAGUUCUCCUGAUUAAAACCAGCAGACGUCGUUAAAUUGACCGCGGAGACACGAGCAGACCAUGUUUAAGAGCUGGAGCUCAUGGCUGGGCGCAGAGCCCGAUGAAGAAGAGAAAACAGACAAACAGGAGAAAAACAUCAACACGGAGAGCGAAGAAACACAGCAGCAGGCCUCAGGACUCAGCGGCUUCAUUCUGAAGUUUGCGAGCAGCGCCGGGAAGAAGAUCUCUGAGUCUGUGGCGGAGACGGCACACAGCAUCAAGAAGACGGUGGAGGAGAGCAACAUCGACGGCAUCAUCGACAAGACCAUUUUGGGAGAUUUUCAGAAGGAGCAGGAAAAGUUUGUCCAGGAGAAGAAUGCGAGGAAAUCAGACGCCGCGGUGCCGCCGUGGGUCGGAUACACCGAGGAGGAGACCAUCCAGCAGCAGAUACUGGCGUUAUCCGCCGACAAGAGGAACUUCCUGCGCGACCCUCCGGCCGGAGUGCAGUUCCAGUUCGACUUCGAGCAGAUGUACGCCGUGGCUCUGGUGAUGCUGCAGGAGGACGAGCUGCUCAACAGGAUGCGCUUCGACCUCGUCCCCAAACAAGCAGAUGAGUCUGAGUCCGUGUGUGUGGACGUGUUCUGGAGGAACUACUUCAACCACGACUCUCUCAUCAAGCAGUCUCAUAAACAAAAAGAUAACAAGGCUCAACAACAGGCGGCUGACAGGAGAGAAGAGGAGAAGAGCGCCGCGCCGCCGCUGAACGAGGACACCUCAGAGACCAUCAGACCGAAGACACCGCCUGUGGCCAUCAGCGCUAAAGCCAAGAGCAGCGAGGAGGACGAGGACAUCUCCACCAGCCCCGGCGUGUCUGAGUUCGUGAGCGACGCGUUUGACUCCUGCGAUAUAAACCAGGAGGAUCUGAGGAAGGAGAUGGAGCAGCUGGUGCUGGAUCAGAGAGACGAAGAGACGGCCGACUGGGAGAAGGAGCUGCAGCAGGAGCUUCAGGAGUACUAUUUCUCUUAA